GGAGUGGGGAAGGAGGGAUGCACUCGGUGUUCGGACGCGGCCCGCGCUCUCGAGGUAAACAUGUUGCUGAACUUUUGGUGCCGCCUGGCGAGUUUCGAACAACAGAAACCGCUUUUUGAAACCCGAUAACCCUGUUUGGAGGGAGUCAGGGGUCCUGUUCCGACUUUGGACGGUGUUCCUUGUCUCGGGAUCUGACUCAAACAUCAUGAUGUCUCUCUGACGACGCUGAAGGCCACAGACUCAGUGGACAGUACCGGAAUCAGACUCAGUUCUUGGACUGUCUCCAGGAGUGUGUUGGCAGCUGUUGUUAUUGGGGCACCUGGUUGGUCCAACCUGUCCGUCUUUCAGGAUGCAGCUGGCCUAUGAGAAGUUGCCUUGUUCACUGAGGCGGAGCUCUCGGGUCAGAAGGUUGGCGGUGCUGCUUCUCACCGCCUAUGCUGUCAAGAAACUUUCACCUUUCAUUUGGAGGAGGAUCCAGAGAAGUGCAAGAAGUAAACAGCUGGGUGGGUCUAAUGUUCCUGGGGGUGUGGCUAAUACGUCCUCAUCGCACACUUUAGUGAAUGAUGGUGUGAAGAAGAAGAAGAGCAGUAGAAGGUCUCCGGCAGUGAACAGGGAGUUUUUCCUCAGACUGUCCCGUCUGCUGAAGCUGUUGUUUCCACGGUUGCUGUGUCCAGAGGUUGGCCUGCUUGCUCUGCACUCCCUCACUCUGAUGUCCAGAACCUUCUUGUCCAUUUACGUGGCAUCACUCGAUGGCAUCAUCGUCAAAUCCAUCGUUCAGAAGGACCCGCAGGCGUUUGUGCUGCAGCUGUCCAAGUGGCUGCUUGUGGCUGUUCCUGCAACUUUCAUCAACAGUGCCAUCAGGUUUCUAGAAGGUCAGCUGACACUGAGAUUCAGGAGCCGAUUGGUCAACUACGCCUACCAGCUCUACUUCAGCAACCAGACAUACUAUCGUGUCAGCAACAUGGACGGCCGCCUGUCCAAUCCAGAUCAGUCUCUCACUGAGGAUAUCGUCAUGUUUUCAGCCUCCAUUGCACGUCUGUACUCCAACUUGACCAAGCCCAUCCUGGAUGUCGUGGUCACCUGCUACACCCUUCUGAGAACCGCACACUCAAAAGGAGCAAAUACCACAUGGCCGUCGGUCAUCGCCGGCCUGCUGGUGGUGCUCACUGCCAAAGUGCUGCGCUCCUGCUCCCCUCGAUUUGGGAAACUUGUAGCUGAAGAGGCGCGGCGGAAAGGAGACCUGAGGUACAUGCACUCCCGCAUCAUCGCCAACUCUGAGGAGAUUGCCUUCUACGGCGGACACAAGGUGGAGAUGGCCCAGUUACAGCGGAGCUACAAGGCUCUGUCUUCACAGAUCCAUCAGAUUCUUCUGAAGCGGCUGUGGUACGUCAUGUUGGAACAGUUCCUCAUGAAGUAUGUGUGGAGCGCCUCCGGUCUGGUGAUGGUUGCAGUGCCUAUCAUCACUGCCACAGGAUACUCCAAAUAUGACUCCGAGGAGGUGAAACAGGCGGCCAUGGUGAUGAAGGAGGAGGAGCUGGUGAGCGAGCGAACACAGACCUUCACCACAGCCAGGAAUCUCCUCAACGCCGCAGCAGACGCUGUGGAGAGGAUUAUGAGCUCCUACAAGGAGGUGACAGAGUUAACUGGUUAUACAUCAAGGGUUUCUGAGAUGCUCAAUGUGUUUGAAGACGUGAGGGACGGACUCUACCGUCGCUCCACAGAAACGGAGGACGCAGGAGGAGCAGGAGAGGGAGCUGUGAUCCAACAUGGUCAGAGAGUUUGUGGUCAUGUGUCUAGCCGAGGUCAGGUGAUCAGUGUGGAGAAAGGGAUUCGCUGCGAACAACUGCCAAUCAUCACACCUACAGGAGAUGUGGUGGUGUCCAGCCUCAACAUCCAGGUGGAUGAAGGGAUGAAUGUGCUGAUCACGGGUCCUAACGGCUGUGGGAAGAGUUCCCUGUUCAGGAUCCUCAGUGGACUGUGGCCCGUUUAUUCAGGGGUUCUGUACCGGCCGGAGCUCCAGCACAUGUUCUACAUACCACAGAGGCCGUACAUGUCAGAGGGCACCCUGAGGGAUCAGGUGAUCUACCCGGACUCUGUGGAGGACAUGGUCCAGAGAGGACUCACCGACGCUGACCUGGAGGAGAUCCUCCGCACAGUGCACCUCCUCUACAUCCUCGACCGAGAGGGAGGCUGGGACGCGGUCAGUGAUUGGAAGGAUGUUUUGUCUGGAGGAGAGAAGCAGAGGAUGGGGAUGGCUCGCAUGUUUUACCACCGGCCCAGGUACGCUCUGCUGGACGAGUGCACCAGCGCCGUCAGCAUCGACGUGGAGGGCAGCAUCUUCCAGGCUGCAAAGGAUGCUGGGAUAGCCCUGCUCUCUAUCACCCACAGACCUUCUCUCUGGAAGUACCACUCUCACCUCCUGCAGUUCGAUGGAGAAGGAGGUUGGCGUUUUGAGCCUCUUGAUGCUUCCACUCGUCUCUCUCUGCAGGAGGAGAAACAGCGUUUGGAGAAUCAGCUCUCUGGGAUUCCUAAAGUGCAGCGGCGGCUGUCGGAGCUGCGCCUGCUCCUCGGAGAGCGAGGCGGGGAGGAGCGGGAGGAGGAGGAGGUGGUGCGGGAGGAGCACUCCUCUGAGUUUGAACGUUGAGCUCUUUGCAGUUUUUUUCUUUUUAACACACUGAAUAUCUUUUUUUUUCACCUUCUGUUUUUAGCUGUACGCGUCAGAAUCCACGUUUCCUGUGUGCUGCAAAACUACUGUGAAGAAAAUUUACACAAACGUUUAAAAAUCCUUCAGUUCUUCUCGGACUGAUUCUGUCAUCAAUCACACGUGAAGAUUUUCUGAAAUUAAAAUGUUGGAGCCUUUUUUUUUUUUCUUUUUUUUUUUUUUUUUGCUAAUAUUUGGACAAAUUCUGAUUAAAAUUGAUUAAGAUUGUAAUUCACUCAGAUGUACAUUCUUGUUUUUUUUUUUUGUUUGUUUGUUUUUCAGGCUCGACCCAUAUUUAGAGACUUUUUUAAACAUUUGUCACCACCUCUUUUGCUAUGUCAAGUUUACUU